GUGAGCUAGUAGCUGUGCAUCGAGCUGAAGGUAUCAGCAGCUGCCGCCACGCUGUCCUGGUGACAUUUUCUGGGAUCAGUUUUUCAGGUCGGUUAUUGGGAGUCCUCAUUACCUGUUGACCAAUGGCGUGGUGGCUGUGGCUGUUGGUGCAGUUGGUGGUGUGGUGCUGUGCUGGCUUGGUGGCGGUGCUGUGGUGGAAGUGGGCCAACAAGCCCCACAUCGAUGCUCCAGGUCCACCAACACUGCCAAUAAUUGGGAACAUUCUGGACUUCCUCGAAAUGCCACUGACCCUCCAUAAGAUAUUCGACCUGCACCGCCAGUAUGGGGACUUGACAAGGCUGUAUGUGGGGCCAAUGCUGCUGGUGACGGUGGCACACCCAGACGAUGUGCAGCACGUCCUGCUGACGUCAAAGCUGAUAGACCGUGGCACCUUAUGCACCAACGCUAUGCGGGCCUUCGUCGGUGAUGGGUUAGUCACCAUUGAUGUUAGCCGGUGGAAGGUGCACCGCAAACUUAUCAACCCCACAUUCCACUCUGAGAUUCUGGAGGGAUUUCUGGAGGCUUUCCACGAUGGUGGUCUCUUCGUGAGCGAGCGCCUAGCCCGGACUAGAGGCGCAGCUACCGAGGUUCACCCUUCAGUGUUCUUGGCAGCCUUCCGUGACUUCUGCAGCACCGUCAUCGGCAUGAACCCCGACCUUGUCAUACCUAACGCCUUGGCAGAGGAGAUGUCUGCCGCAGUGAACGAUGGUGUGACCACUGUGCAGAUGAUGAUACUGCGGCCAUGGAUGCAGAACAAGUUCCUGCUGCAGCUGACCUCCAAAGGACGUGGUGUGUUCAAGUUCGUGAAAAUUAUGCAGGACUGGGCCCUUAAGUGCAUCGCCAUGGGGUCGGCAGCCACAGAGGAUGGACCUACCAAGACACGCCAGCGUCUGCUGGAAGCUCUUCUCAAGCCAGGCAAUCAGACUGCUAUGCCACUCGAUGAGGUUCAGGGAGAGCUCAUGAAUCUUCUGAUAGCCGGCACGGAGACGACGGCCGUGACCGUCAGCUACACCCUGGCUCUGCUGGCCCUCCACCCCGAGUGGCAGGAUGCAGCCCACCAGGAGCUGAAGGACGUCUUUGGCGAGGGUGACGACUACCUGCGGGCACCCAGCCUGGCAGACCUAGGCAGACUCAGGGUGCUGGAGAGCAUCAUCAAGGAGACACUGAGACUGUUCCCAACGGUCCCAAUACUUCCUCGGAUGGCCACAGGAGACCUCUGGCUGUCUGGAGGGUCUCGACGGAAGGUUUUGGUCCCUGAGGGUACCCUGCUUCUUGUGAUGCCCUUCCUCACACACCGCCUGCCGCAGUUCUUCCAGGACCCGCAGCAGUUCGACCCUUCGCGCUUCUUGGAGGACCGCGUCGGCAAGGAGCAUGCAUGCACCUACCUGCCAUUUGGGUUGGGAGCGCGCAGCUGCGUGGGUUCCAAAUACAGUCGCCUGCAGCUCAAAGUCUACCUGUCAGACAUACUGAAGCGCUUCCGCUUCCUGCCAUGUAGCCAACGGGAGGAUCUGGAUGACAGUGCGCUCGCCUUCAGCCUAAACCCUGUCAAGCCAAUCAGAGUCUCAUGCAUUCCUGUGGAUGGCUGCAAUACAUAGAACCACCCUUAACAUUGGUGAUCGUCAUAUUGGCAAAUGUCCUGAGAUGGUUUUCAUUCCUGGUCCUGAGAAUGUCAACACAGUCUCCGUCAGUGACACUGUCAAAUGGAGCACAGUCUCCUGCAAGCUUCUGCAUGGUUCCAGCACGUUUGGCCACCCUCCUCACGGCUGAAAAUUAAUAUAUUCCAGGCCAUUAUCCUGAGACACUUCACCUUUCUGCUGCACAGCCACUGGGAUGAUUCGGUGGACAAUGUGCUCUCCAUCACGCUACAGACCAUUUAAGUCUAAACAGCUUAAUGGCCUGUAGCUUCAUUGAUAUCUUUCACGCUGUAGUACAUCUGUCUACAAAUGCUUCUAAACCUCCUAAAUGUGCAUACAUACCUACAACUAUCACCAUAGUCAUCCACCUCCAGAAACUGAACUUAUAAUAACAUUAAAAUCAA